AACAAAUGGCAACACAAUCAAAUAGAAAGGAAAAAUAUUAAAAUAACAACAGAAAAAGGCAAAUUCGUUACAUGAGCGGCAGCCGGCAGAGGCAAGGCAAGGCAAGACGAAAAUACAAGAAACUUAAAAAAGAGAAUACAAAGAGAAGGAGCGACAAGCCCUAGAGUAGUCAGCAGAGAGGAAGCGCAAAGAAAGGGGGAAGAAAAAGACGAGAAAAGAAGAAGCAGUAGCAGUAGAGAGAAUGGGGUGGAUGGGGGAUACCGUUGAUUCCAUCAAGUCCAUCCAGAUCCGCCAACUCCUUGCGCAGGGCGUUAGUCUUGGUAUGAUUGUUACCUCUGCGCUAAUAAUAUGGAAAGCGUUAAUGUGCUUCACUGGCAGCGAAUCUCCAGUGGUGGUUGUGCUUUCUGGAAGUAUGGAACCAGGAUUCAAAAGGGGUGAUAUUUUGUUUCUGCACAUGAGCAACGAUCCUAUCCGUACCGGCGAGAUUGUUGUCUUCAAUGUUGAUGGCAGGGAAAUUCCGAUAGUCCACCGUGUGAUUAAGGUUCAUGAAAGACAAGAAACUGGGGACGUUGAAGUUUUGACCAAAGGAGACAAUAAUUAUGGGGAUGAUAGGCUUUUGUACGCUCAAGGUCAGCUAUGGCUGCAGCGGCAUCAUAUCAUGGGCAGGGCUGUUGGAUUCUUACCGUAUGUUGGCUGGGUGACAAUCAUCAUGACUGAGAAGCCUAUUAUCAAGUAUAUACUUAUUGGUGCAUUGGGGCUGCUGGUCAUAACUUCUAAAGAUUGAGGGGAAGGCAUGAAGAUGUAGGGAGUCAUUAGCCUUCUGUUUUGAUUCACAGUGAAUUAAUGAAUUUGAGGACUAGAAUGAAAUGGAGAGAAAUUACAAUGGUUUAGCUUGCUUUUGCUGUAAUAGGCUAGUGACUUGCUGUUGAGGACAGUAGCCUAUAGGGUCUGGCUGGAUAUCCUCGAAUCGAAAGGUGAAGCGAGUUAAUUACAACGGUUUAGCAGUAGUACGACUUCCGAACUGGUGGUUUGGUGCCUGGAAAACUGACAUGUUAGCUAAUUAAGAAAAUUUUAUAACUUUUGUUACAAUGAUGAGAAUGAUGU